AUGCCUCCAAGGAAGAAGACCAGAAGCAACAACAUGACUUCCCAGGAUGGGCCAAGCCAUGCUGACUCAGAGUCAAGGCAACAUGCCUCUUCUAGAGUAGAAGAACGUGCAAUUGAGGGAACUUUUACCCUUACAGACCUUGUUACAGCCAUUCAUGCUAUGGGUGAGACCCAGAGGGAGAUGGCAGAGAUGAUAAAAGAACUGAAAAAUUCGGCUCUAAAGCCAAGUGAAGUGAAUGAGAAGCACCCACAAGAAGAAUCUGCUGCUGCCGAAAAGGAGUCUGAGCAAAAAGGACCAUCUUUUGUCACUCAGGAGGACGUUGUUGCCAUGCUGGAAAAGGAGCUGAGUCGAAAAAGGAAGGGGAGCUCGAAGGAGCAUGUCAAUCGCUUCAUUGAUGCCUUGGGACCAUAUGCUAGUGAUCAUAAUCGCUUCAUUGAUGCCUUGUCAAUCGCUUCAUUGAUGCCUUUGUACGUAGGUUCCGGGACCUGGCAUUGGAUUGCUAUGAUAAGAAAGAUGAGGAGGCGCUUGUUGAAAUCUGCAUCAGCAAUAUCGUGGCAGAUUAUAGAGUGUAUUUGGAGAAUAUUGGCAUUAGUCAAUUUUCUCGGCUGCUGGAAGCUGUGA